CACACAUGCAAUGUACACAGUGUACACAUCUCCAGAAUUCACAUAACUGCUUUGAUAAAGACAUGGAUCUCUAGUUGGCGGAGUGCCGCUUGUGGUUGAGGAUCGGGGAAUUACUACCGCGUCAGCAGGUUCACCUGUCCACUGUCAGACAUCGAAGGCAGCAGCUGCAGACUGAGACAGUAGACAAUUGGAAGUGACGCCAUAACAUAACGCUCGGCACCCAUUGUCAUUGGAACGGCGUUCAUACUGCCGCUUUCUGGUUUCUUCGGGUCUAAGCCUAGUCGUAGUGCUGCUUUGAAAAUGUACAGCUCAUAGUUCAUCACUAAAAGAGACCUUCGUGCUGGAACUGAAGUGGUGGCCGAAUCUGCAGCUGUGGAAAUCUAGACAACAUCUAUCCGAAUAUGUCUGACGUAAAGCGACAUCGUCUCAUGUCUGAUGACUCUGUGUCCGGUCCAGAUGGGGAUGCAACAUUUGUUCAGAAAUCAAAUGGAAACCACAUGAAAAACGGCCAUCUGAGCAUUGAUGGCGAUGAUGACAUCCAAGACGGUUUUUCGUCACCAGAAAGUGUUGACGUACCAGUUCAAGUGACACCAAAAAUCUAUAAACGUCGUUGGGCUAUGUUAUUUGUAUUUGUAUUCUAUUCGAUGAGUAAUGCCAUACAAUGGAUACACCUUAACAUUAUUGCAGAUGUCAUGAUGUUUUAUUACAACGAAAGCAUUCCUGGAGAAACAGAAUUUCAAAAACAAGUCGCAAUUGACUGGUUGUCUAUGGUUUAUAUGUUAGCAUAUAUUCCAUUGAUAUUCCCAGCGACUUGGUUGCUGGACAAGAAGGGGUUAAGAGUUGUCGGAAUAUUAGGAACUUUUCUUAACUGCCUUGGAGCGUGGUUGAAGUGUGCCGCAGUUUCACCGGACAGAUUUGGCGUGCUGCUAUUUGCUCAAACGAUAUGUGCUAUAGCACAGAUAUUCAUUUUGGGGAUUCCUGCCCGUCUUGCUGCUGUGUGGUUCGGACCCAACGAGGUGUCCACGGCAACUGCCAUUGGAGUAUUUGGCAACCAGGUUGGGGUUGCUCUUGGCUUCCUGAUUCCUCCCAAUAUGAUUCCAUUCUCGCGAGACUACGAUGAGGUUGGCCACAACAUGAGCAUUAUGUUUUACGCAACUGCCGGCGUCACCACUGCCUUGUUUAUACUCGUUCUAUGUGUCUUCAAGAAAUCACCUCCUGUACCGCCAAGUCUUGCUCAGGUGGCAGCGGUCCAGGCGGCCGCCAACGAAGACUAUGGUGCCUCCCUUAAGCGGCUCUUGAAAAACAGGGGCUUCCUACUUCUAACACUAACUUACGGUGUGAACACUGGGUCAUACUAUGCAAUCGGAACUCUACUCAACCCAAUAAUAUUGAAGUACUAUGAGGGCCAACAACUUCUAGUGGGCUAUAUAGGAUUGACCCUAGUCUUAGCCGGGGUUCUGGGGUCAGUCGUGGCUGGUAUAUGGCUGGAUAAAACAAAGACAUUUAGGCUCACGACAAUUCUUAUCUAUGCGCUGUCCAUGGUAGGGAUGGCUGUUUUCUCAGGGACACUACAUUUAGGACAGAUCGUAGUGGUAUUUGUGGUGGUCGGAGCUUUAGGGUUUUUCAUGACAGGCUACCUCCCUGUAGGCUUUGAGUUUGCUGCCGAGAUCACGUAUCCAGAAUCGGAGGGCACAUCAUCUGGGUUACUUAAUGCAUCAGCUCAGUGUUUUGGUAUUAUUUUCACCCUGGGGAUGUCGUCACUGGUGCUAAACGUGAGUGUCCUGUCGGCGAACCUCUCCAUCACGGGGGCCUUGUUGAUUGGCACAAUUCUUACCGCGUUGAUAAAGUCUGACUUGAGGCGGCAGAAAGCAGGACAAGAGGGAUGUUCCCAUGUCAUAAUCGAGGCUUCGCUUCCCGAGCCCAAACAAGAUCAGAACUAUGAGUUAACUCAUUCCUAGAGUAACCUGUGUAGAAUAGGAAGUUAAUGGAGAAUGAGCGCAUGAACUACAUGGAAGUGGAGCUUAUUUUUGACAAGAUCUCAACAGUUUGACCUGCCAUCUGGUGUCUGGAGAGAGAGGUAAAUCUUGCCAGUGCCAAUGCAGUUCAGUGAGGAGUCUUGAAAUAUUAUGGAACGUCAGUGGCAGCUCGUUUGAAAUUUGAAAGGAUUUUGACGUCAAGCGACUGAUUUGCAGAAGUGGUGCCCCUGUAAUGCAGUUAGGAAUCUUGGAGGUGGUGGCGCUGCAAUGCAAUUUAGGAAUCCUGAAAUUAGCCAUUUUACAAUCGAAAGGAAUGAUGAACAUUUUGGAGGCCGUAGCAACAAAAAGGAAAUGGGCAUGAGCAGGUCUGGGGAGGAUCACAAAUGCUUUUGAGAUGACGACGGCACUGUUUGCGCAGAUUUCCUCAACUCAUGGCAGCUGAAAGAGUUACGGAAGGACAGGAUAAUAUGGAGGAGAGUGACGUGGUCUUACUGUGUAGAACCUGUAGGGGAUCAGCUUUAAUAAACACUAUUGCUCAUUUUUUCGGAGAGAAAGUGGAAGUGGAAUUUUUAAUUUGUUGCCACCUUUUAGAGUGGCAACAAGUUGGGCAUGAGAUAUGUUGGUUUUUCAUUAAGAAUGGCUUCCAUCAGGACAGUGUGAUGCACAGGGAUUGGAGGUAAAAAGUGCUAAUUACAAGAAAUUCCACAACUCCUAUAUACAGGAGUUGUGGAAUUUUUGAUUUCUUGUAAUUAGCAUUUUUUGCCUCAAAUCCCUGUGGUGUGAUGCUACGAGUGUUGCCACUUUUCAGUCCUAAAUGUCCAUGUCUUUAUUGGUUGCAGUGCGAAAACUACUGGGCUGAUUUCUUCAGAGCUUGGUUUCCAUGAAUCUAAUUUUGGGACCCAGCACAAUUUCUAGGUAAGAGAUUUGCAAUCAAUUGAAAAAAAAUGUCUUCAUUGGAACCCUUUGAUAGUAUUUGGUAUGUAGGUCUGGACUGGGGCGAUUGACCUUUUUCAUGAAAAGGUAUUUUCAACCUUAAAAACCUUUAUCGAAAUUCAUCCAGAAAUAGUGGUGCAGAGCAAAAAAUAACGUUUUGAUUGAAGAACAACGUCAAUAUGCCCGAAUAUAUACAAAAAGAUUUUGUAAUCUGGGUUCUGAAAUGUGAACAUCCUCUUCGUUCCGUUAUUAGAGAUAAGAAAAACGAAACCUUGAAGAAAUCGGCCAAGUAGUUCCUCCACAGCAGCCUAUAAGGACGUGAACAUUUACUUCUGAAAAAGCCUAGGCCUAUAGUUAUGGUAGUUACUAUCGAAGGUGUGCUUUUUGAUUUGACCACUUAGGUUAGAGGUGUUUGUUUAGGAUCACUCGGUGUGACAGUUAUUAUGUUUAUUUGUAGUUGAUUAAUUCUCACCUGUCCAUUUGAGUAUACAAUAGUCUCGGUCUAAACUUUGUCAUGUACACUGUUGAUAGCUUACAACAAGGAGCCGAUAUCCUUCUUCUGCGUUCGGAGUUUUUGAGAUGCAUGCUAGACAGUCGUUCCAUUUUCAGUGACAAAGUCGACUGUCCUUAGAGAGUUCCACUGCAGAGCUUGUGGCCAGGGUGGUGACCUUUGGUCAUAUUCCUCUCUAUUGUUCAUAAGGGAGCAGAUCGGAAGCACAUGAGCUGGAGUCUGAUCUCAAACUCCCCAUUCACAUCCAUAUCCUAACUAAAAAAUGGAGACUCUCAAGACAGAUGGGGGGUGCCACUAACUACCCCAUAUUUUGGACACUGUCUUCUAAACACGCAACACUGCCCAUUUGAAAACUGCAACUUCUUAUGAUCUAAAAAGGUGUACAUUACAAAGUAUAAAACUGGACAAAUAUAUUUUGAUUGCGUGCUUUUGAAAUUGUGCUUAAGUUAUGCAUGAGCAGAUAAUAUUAGUCGUACUUCCACCUAUCAAAUCCCCGUGUCUUUUGUGCUUACACCUAUGAAUUGCCGUGUCUAAAUAGACCCGUGUGUCAAAUCCCCGUGUCUAUUAGCCCCAUCGAGCUCGAUGGGGCUAAUCGGGGGCUAAUUUAGACCUGUGUUCAACACGGGUUUUUUGAUAGGUGGAAUCUGAAUAGAUACGGCAAUUGCAAGUUCUAAGAUCCGGCGACAGAUGGCACGGUGUAGUUUCCUCGGUGCGCAUGCGAAAUCCCCCCUCCGACCGGAAAGAAACACAGGAGAGCUCCCUACAUACAGCGCACCUGUCGCCGGGGCUAUUAACCAUUAUCUAACACCACUGAUAGGUGUAAGUGCACCCCGGGUUUUUUGACACACGGCAAAAACACGGGUCUUGAAAAAACACGGGGAUUUAUGAUAGGUGGAACUACGACUAUUGAUUGAGAUUGAUCACAAUACAAAAGUCCUAUCUAUAAUUUGCUUAUCCAAUCAUUCAACUUGGCGAGUCUUAUAUGCUAUGUAGAGCCUAUUAGCCUGUUUUGGUGCAUCUGUAUUACAUCAGCUUAUUACGCAUGAUAUAGGCCUUUUGUAUUGGUGCCCUACAAUCCACUAAAUAGCGUACAGACAAUAUUUUUGGUAGCAUGUACCUGUAAAUUGAUACUGGUACCACAAUCAAGGAUAGAGUAUGUUAUUGUAUUAUGUAUAUAAGAUGUUGGUGGUAAUUGAUGAAAUUAAAAAAAUACAAAAAUUUAAUGAAACUUAUGCAUUUCUCUGUGAUCACAGGUGUAUAUUCGUGCCUUGACAGUUGAUACUGGGUAGGGCAAAAAAGACCUCAAAAAUAUAUAUCUUGAGAUCUCUAUACUUUUGCUUACAAUUUCUUUCACAUGCCAUCUCUAAGAAUUGGUCAGGUAGUUUUUUUGGCGUUCGUAUUUCUCAACCCGCUUUUGUUAUAGGGUUAUGGCCAGUUAAGUUGGGCUAUGGGCCAAGUGAGAAAAAUGAAAUUUCAUUUGGCAAAUAAGCGGGCAAUGGGAAAACAGUUGUCUGAAAGACAAAAGAAUUUUUGAUGGAAGUUGAUUUUAUAGGAAUUAUUUCUAAUGUGGUAUUUUUUGCCCUCGUAAAUGAUGCAUUCUUUUAUUGAACUCUUUAUGCAGACUACCUUUACUAGUGUUACAUGUAGAUAUGAUUCCACAACUUUUGUUAAAGGCCAGAGGUAGUGUUGAGGAGUUUAUGCAACGGGACAAGCCUCGGAUCACAUCGUUUAUUGAUGGCUGUAUAACUCAUUAUACAGACUACUUAUACUAGUCUUAGAUAUAAUUCUUCUUUUGUUAAGGGCUGGAGGAAGUGUUGAGGAGUUUAUGCAAUGGUGGGGCAAAUCUAGCUUUGGAUCACAUAGUCUGUUGAUGUCUUUAAUGGGCAAUUUUCCGGUUUUGCCCACCAUUCCCUAGUGUCGUGAAUCGAGAAUACGUUAUUUCCUAUCUAUUGCACAUUUAAAGAUGUAGGUGUACACUGUUUAACCCCUUGAACCCCACGGCACUUGAGUGGUUAACCAGCCUCAAAAUUUGGUUCACCUAAAGAGAGUUAUGUGGAUUUGCAUAAGAACAGACUUUGAUUAGCUAAGAAUUCUUAAACACCUUGGCUAUUAUGUAGCACUGUUUACGGCAUAUAAUGCACUGUGUCUUGUUUUGGUGGCAGCGGUUCAGAUAACCAUAACCAUUUGGGUUGGUGAAAAUGUGGAAACAGUACCUCAUUUCAAUGCUUUAAGUUUGAGGUGUUUUUGAACAGAAUUUGACAAUUCACUGUCGGUAUUGGUUGUUUCACAAACCACCACUUGGAGGAGCUGUCACUUUGCCCAAAACAUCGGCGCGGCACCUCAAUUUUUGCCUACAUUUUGGCUUCACCCUCGUGGUGUUUGACGAGACAACCCAGACCUCCAGUUUAGUAUCAAGUCCUUAAACGAAUAAUCACGUGGUCGCGUGAUCAUUUCUAUCCACUGUACAGUGCCAGUAAUGUCAAAUUAUCCUCGAAUGUACAAAACUUCUAGCUCUAGUCAAGUGUUUCAUGGCUUUGCACUGAAUCCUUUUCUUAACAUUCUCAGUAUCUCACUUAUGCUUCCAAUGAUUAUAUCUCUAACGAAAAUGUGAUAAACUCUAAUUUAAUAUGAGUAUACAGUCAUGAAAUUUGUUUAUUUAAUGUGGUUUUAGUACGAACCUUGUUUCGAUAUAGUGACAAAUAUCUGUUCUCUGUACAUAGAUACCUGUCUGGCUGUCUCUGUGUAAAAUUUGUUGAAUAUUUUUUUCUCAAGAAUGUGUUGAGGUGGAUUGUUGUAAACUUUGCAAAUGAUCGUUUGAUGAGUUGUUAUUGCUGCGAUGUUAAACCAUUUGUUGGGAUAUGUCACCAUUUAUGAGUGAAACACGAUGUUAUGAUGUCACACCAUUGUUGUGAUGUCACACCAUUGUUGUGAUGUCACGCCAUUGUUGUGAUGUCACGCCAUUGUUGUGAUGUCACGCCAUUGUUGUGAUGUCACGCCAUUGUUGUGACGUCACGCCAUUGUUGUGAUGUCACGCCAUUGUUGUGAUGUCACGCCAUUGUUGUGAUGUCACACCAUUCUUGUGAUGUCACACCAUUGUUUUGAUGUCACACCAUUCUUGUGAUGUCACACCAUUGCUGUGAUGUCACACCAUUUUUGAGAUGUCACACCAUUGUUGUGAUGUCACAUCAUUACUGUGAUGGCGCACCAUUGUUUUGAUGUCACAUAUGCUGUAUAUCUUGCAAAAGACCUGCACAUGGGAGCAGUGAGCUUGGGGGGGGGUCUUCAGUAUCUUCAGCCAGUAAUCUGUCGGUGUGUGUCCAAGAAUAACAAAGCUGUCCAUUCAGCUUCAUUUAACUAUAAAAUCGAUGCAUUUUUCAAACAUGUCAGUGUCCUUAGAUAUAUCCUGCAAAGGAGUAAAACUUUUUUGCAACAACAAUCUCUUGGCCCAGUGUAAAGAUGAGAUUCAUUUGUACCAACACUGAUCUUUUAUACAUUCCUCAGCCUCCAUGCAGUGAUGAUGCAAGUUGAUCCUUUUUCCAGUUUUCCAAAAUCAAUACUCUAGAACUCUCAAAAAGGCAUGGCAAAGCCCUAGUAGUCAUUAGGAAGUCUGAUAUAAACCCUUUUUCUGUCUGAGAUUCUGUUUUCGACGUUUUCAUGCUUUGCGAUUUACUGGUGUGUCAUGAAAUUCCAGGUGUUGUUUUACAAAUUCACUUGCAUGUUUGAUGUAGUGUGUGAGAUUGCACAUCAGUUUUUGGUUCGUGUGUGUAGUGGCUCAUGUCCAAAAGUGUUGUUUCCAGAUGUCACAGAAAACAAAGACCCUUUAUGGAGAUAUUGGAAAAUUCUCUGGAAAAGCCUUUAUGUUUGAUAUGUGACGGCACAGUGCCAGUUAUAAGAAGUGAUUUGUCUGAUUUAUGAGUAUUAUAAUCAACAUCCCUAAAUAAAGAGACCUAAUGGCCAGGAGCCUUUCAUGAAAUUUUAAUUUUCGGGCACUUUUUACCAUAUUUCUGUGCGAGUUCUGGGUAUGAGCCUUGGGUGUGUGUGUGUGUGGGCAGUUAAGAAACAGUGUGCCAUAUUCCGCUACUAACUUCUAUCUUGCCAUUUCUAAUCACUAUCACUACUACAGCAUCUGUGUACUUUGUGGACGUAGAUUAAUGAAUUCUUCAAGAGCGAUUAAACAAUAGAAUCAAAUACA